GGAAACGUAAAGGGUUCGCCGGAAGGUCAAUUGUUAUUCUCAGUUUUCUGUAAUGGCGGAGCACGGGGAGGGAGACGGUAUUGAUUUCCACGACGACCAGAUGGCGCAGCCGCAUUUCCGUGGUCCAGCUCCGCCGCCCAGCGCAGUUAUGCGUGGCCCUCCCCCGUUGCUUAGACCUCCACCUCCACCAUUCGGCUUGAUGAGGGGACCCCCUCCGCCACCACGUCCUCCUUUUGGGCGACUGCCCUUUGACCCCAGUAUGCCGCCAAUACCCCCUCCUGGAGGUGUGCCCCCACCACUUGGACCUCCACACUUGCAGAGACCGCCCUUCAUGCCUCCGCCAAUGGGUAGCUUGCCUCCGCCCCCUGGGAUGAUGUUUCCCCCGGGGAUGCCUCCCGUGCCGGCUCCCGGAACCCCUGCGCCGCCCCCUGCUGAGGAGAUCUGGGUGGAGAACAAGACCCCAGAAGGAAAGCCGUAUUACUACCAUGCCCGGACGCGCGAGUCGGCUUGGAACAAGCCGGAGGGAGUGAAGGUGAUCCAGCAAUCGGAGCUGAGCGCCCUGAUGGUGCCACCGCAGACGGCCACGCCCUCCGGCGCCUCCCCCAGCCUCCCGGCGGCCGGCGCUGCCCCCGCCCCCGUCUCUGUCUCCACCCAGGCUCCCUCGGCCUCCCUCACCACCAGCCCCAUCCCCAGCAGCGCCCCCACCCCAGCUGGCGCUCAGCCCAUCGCCGCCGCCCCAGAGUUGCCCCCGGUGGUGACGGCCCCAUCCUCCGUCGGGGUGAACCCGGUCGCCGUGGUCAGCGUCUCCACGGUGACGGCCAGCGCGCCGCCUGCGCAGACGAUGCCGCAGCUGCUGCCGCAGAGCCUGCCGGCUGCGCUGCCGCACAGCGUGGCCCAGCCCGCCCCCUCCAUCCCCGCCUUCCCCCCCGUCGUGGUGCCCCCCUUUCGGGUGCCUCUACCCAGCAUGCACAUCCCUCUCCCCGGCGUAGCAAUGAUGCAGAUAGUCAGCAGCCCCUUUUUAAAGACAAUCGCUCCCAACAAGAACGGUAUGCUCCCAAGCCUGGCCCCUCCCCUAGUUCCCAUGAUACACCCACAGCUUGCCAUCCCGGCUACGCCAGCCCCCCUCGCUGGUGGGCCGCCCCUCCCGGAGUGGUCCGAGUACAAGACCGCUGACGGGAAGGCCUAUUACUACAACAACCGCACCCUGGAGUCCACGUGGGACCGGCCUCACGAGCUGAAGGAGAAAGAUAAGAACCUGGGGAAGGGCAAGGAUAGGCCUUCGCUGGAGGACAUGGACCUCAUGGGCUUGGAUGACAGGGAGCUCAAAGGAGAACCACCUAAAGAGGCCAAAGAAGAGCCAAAGGAGGAGGAGAUGACCGAGGAGGAGAUUGCAGCUCAGAAAGCCAAGCCAGUGGCUACCAACCCCAUCCCAGGAACCCCCUGGGCGAAGAAGAGGAAGAAGGAGGACCCCAAGGAGGAGUCUGAGAAGGAGAUGGCCAUGGAUGCGGAGAUCAAGGCGGCCCGCGACCGGGCAGUGGUGCCGAUGGAGACGCGCGUGAAGCAGUUCAGGGACAUGCUGCUGGAGAGAGGGGUUUCGGCCUUUUCGACGUGGGAGAAAGAGCUGCACAAGAUCGUGUUUGAUCCUCGGUACCUGCUGCUUAACACUAAGGAAAGGAAGCAGGUCUUUGACCAGUAUGUGAAGACGCGGGCGGAGGAGGAGAGAAAGGAGAAGAAGAACAAGCUCAUGCAAGCCAAGGAGGAGUUCAGGAAGCUAAUGGAGGAGGCCAAGCUGGGCACCAGGACGACUUUCAGCGAGUUUGCAGCCAAGCAUGCCAAGGACGCUCGGUUCAAGGCCAUUGAGAAGAUGAAGGAUCGGGAGGCGAUAUUCACGGAGUUCAUGAUCGCGCUCAGGAAGAAGGAAAAGGAGGACUCCAAGAGCAGGGGGGAGAAGAUAAGGCAGGACUUCUUCGAGCUCCUGUCUGACCACCACAUCGACGGCCAACAGCGCUGGAGCAAGGUGAAGGACAAGGUGGAGAGCGAUCAGCGCUACAAGACCGUGGAGAGCUCCGCCAUGAGGGAGGAGCUCUACAAGCAGUUCGUGGAGAAGCUGGCGAAGAACUUGGACUCUGACAAGGAGAAAGAUCUUGAGCGGCAGGCCAGGAUCGAAGCCAGCCUGCGAGAAAGGGAACGGGAGGUGCAGAAAGCCCGCUUCGAGCAAUCCAAGGAGAUCGACCGUGAACGCGAGCAGCACAAGCGAGAGGAGGCCAUCCAGAACUUCAAAGCCCUUAUGUCCGAUAUGGUGAGGACGUCGGACGCCACGUGGUCCGAAACCCGGCGGAAUCUGCGCAAGGACCAUCGCUGGGAGUCGGCCUCGCUGCUGGAGCGAGACGAGAAGGAGAAGCUCUUCAACGAGCACGUGGAAGCCCUGAGCAAAAAGAAGAAGGAGCACUUCCGGCAGCUUCUGGACGAGACCACUUUGAUCACGCUGACGACGACAUGGAAGGAGGUGAAGAAGGUGAUUAAGGAGGACCCUCGCUGCAUAAAGUUCUCCAGCAGUGACCGGAAGAAACAGAGAGAAUUCGAAGACUACAUCAAAGACAAAUACAUCACCGCCAAGGCAGACUUCAGGACACUGCUGAAAGAGACCAAAUUCAUCACGUAUAGGUCCAGGAAGCUGAUCCUGGAGUCCGACCAGCACCUUAAGGACAUUGAGAAGGUCUUGCAGAACGAUAAGCGUUACCUGGUACUGGACUGUGUUCCUGACGAGCGCAGGAAGCUCAUCAUGUCCUACAUUGAGGACCUGGACCGUCGAGGACCACCGCCUCCGCCCACCGCCUCCGAGCCCACGCGGCGUUCCACCAAAUGAGCCCCCCUCCCUCCCUUCGUGGCCCCCGCUGACCUAUACCCACACAGUGCCAGGUAUAACGUCCCGUCAUCACAUGGAAGCGGCCCGGCGGCUGUGGGCUGUGGCCUGCAGGGCGGCGACGGUGAGCCGCGAGUCUACGCUUCAGAUAAACAUGUACAGCCCGUUGCUCUGGCCUCGUCCGUGCCGGAGACGCCGAUGGCCUUUUUCGCUCCUCGUCGUCAUUGUUACAAUAUGGUUUAGUUUGAAUGUUCAUGUUUCUAUAGUGGUUUAAUUUUUUGACUUGUUGCUAUAUUUCUGUAAAGAAAAUACUGGAAUAAAAGCAACUUCCCAUUUUUUUUUAAA